AUGAGAAAUGAAAUUCAUUCACUUGAGGAAGAAUUGUGCAAAUUUUUGAGUGUAAAAUCAAAUGUAGAAGCAUAUAGAAAGAUUCCCGAGAACAUUUCACCUUCUGUACCUAAUUUCACAUCAGGUAAAAUACAGGAAGCUGAACUAAAUACAUUGUUUGGAGUUUUAUCAGCAAGUUCAAAACCUUCCGAUGAAAGUAAAUACAGCUUGAAAUCGAAGAAGAAACCAUCAGAAAGUGAAUCCUUUUUUCAAUCCAAACAUCUGAUGCAUGAACCAGAGACUGUCGCCACCAUAGACACGGGGUACAAUAUGUUUGAAAAGGUGCAAAAUCUGAGAAAUGAAGGGUUCUGGACAAUUGGUCAAGAUAACACCAUGAAACUCUUCAGCAUCAGUAAGGGAUCACUACUUAAUUUAGUUAUAACUAAAUCAGGGAACGAACCAUCGGAUAUAGCAGUGACAAAAAGCGGAGAUCUAGUUUAUACCGAUUACUAUUAUAAAAGCGUUAACAUUGUAAAGAAUAAGGAAAUAAAGGAGGUAAUCAUAUUAAAGAACUGGAGACCUAACAGUAUCUGCACUACAUCCUCAGGUGAUCUUCUGGUAAUACUAGAGAGUGAUGAUGAGAAGCAAUCAAAAGUUGUUCGUUACAGUAACUCUAGUUACAGAGAGAUACAGAUCGAGCAUUCAGUUUGA